AUCUCCUCAUUGUUUGAUUUGUUCUUGUCAAAUUGUUCAGUUUUAUAUUAGUCCCUUGAAUUUUUAAAUUUUUUUUUUCAUUAUUUUUGGUAUUGUUGUUGUUGGUUAUUAUUGUUAUUCUGAGUUCAUUUGCCAAAUUGUGGAUUUUCCUUUUUCUUGUUUAUUUAUUUUAUAAUGGCAAUUUGAUUGAUCAUUGACAAUAAUAGUAAAUUAUCAUAAUUAAAUGCUUACUAUUAGUGGGUUUUGCUGCUCAAUAUCUUGUUUAGUGAUUGACAUCAUUUGACUGAGUAUAUAGUUGAAAAUUUGAUGUUUCUUAACUAAAUGCAUUACUAUGAACACUGCAAUUUAGUCGAAUAAACUAACACGGGUUGACCGAUUUCAUUGGGCGAGCUUGUAUAAGUCAUUGAGUUUUUGGAAAUUCCUCAACUUUUCUGUAAAAUUCAGUUUGCUGCCACAGUUAUGGUGUGAGGCUUUCGAGUGUUUAUGUCAUAUAGUUUCGUUUUGUUGCCUGUAAUGAGUCGUAAGGUAGCAAUUUGCCUACUUCUGAUAUGCGUACAAACUUCUAUUACAACCUCGGAAACAGACCCUGAUGAUGUUACUGGAUUAUUAUCCCUCAAAGCAAUUUGGGAGAAUGUGCCACCAUCUUGGAAUGGUUUUCGUGAUCCUUGUGGUGAUCGCUGGGAAGGAAUUGCCUGCAAUAAUACCCGAGUGAUUUCGAUAACUUUAUCAAGCAUUGGGCUGAAGGGCGUACUGUCAGGUGAUAUCCGGCAACUAUCUGAGCUACAAACUCUGGAUCUGUCUUCUAAUAAGGGACUGACUGGUUCUCUUCCUGAAGCAAUUGGGAAUUUAGCAAAACUUACAAAUCUAAUCCUGGUUGGCUGCAACUUCAUUGGCAAAAUUCCUGACAGCAUAGGAUCUCUCUCAAAUUUGAUAUUCUUAUCGUUGAAUUCUAAUAGUUUAAGCGGGUCAAUACCAAGUUCAAUUGGUAAUCUUUCUAAGCUCUAUUGGCUGGAUCUAGCUGAAAACAAGCUUACUGGAACAUUACCUGUCUCAAAUGGGACUAAACCAGGUCUUGAUAUGCUGCAUAGUUGCAAGCACUUUCACUUUGGAAGAAAUCAACUCUCUGGCUCAAUUCCACCUCAGCUACUCCAUGAAAAUAUGACACUUAUUCAUUUGCUUCUGGAUAACAAUAAAUUUGAAGGAAGCAUCCCGUCAACAAUAGGUCUAGUGAAUGAAAUGGAGGUGCUAAGAUUGGAUUGGAAUUCGUUCAGUGGGUCUGUCCCUUCAAACAUUUCCAAUCUUACUGAAGUUACCGAGAUGCUUUUAUCUAACAACCAAUUCACGGGCUCUAUGCCUGACCUUACUGGCAUGAACCAACUCAGUUACUUGGACAUGAGCAACAAUAGUUUUGAUACCUCAGAUGUUCCAUCAUGGUUCACAGCCUUGCCGUCGUUGACUACUUUAAUAAUGGAAAAGACUCAACUACAAGGUGAAGUUCCAGAAUCAUUAUUUAGCCUCCCUCAGUUACAGAAAGUGGUAUUGAAGAGGAACAAGCUCAGUGGUACAUUGAAUAUUGGUUCUGCUGUCAGCUCACAACUUCGAUCAGUUGACAUGCAGAACAACAAUAUUAGUGCUUACACUAAAAGACCUGAGGAUUCUAAUGUCAAAGUAAUCCUUGUGGGAAAUCCUUACUGUUCAGAUGCUAUCUCGGGAGAAAGAUACUGUAUUCUUCCUCAACAGUCUAAUAUCUCAUAUACAACACCACCACAAAAUUGUGCCCCUAGCAAUUGCGAUUCAGAUAAAAUUUCUAGCCCUAGCUGUCACUGUGCCUACCCAUACACUGGAACGCUUGUAUUUAGAGCCCCACAAUUUUCAGACUUGGAAAAUUUCACUCACUAUAAGGAUUUAGAGAUAAAACUAUCUAAAACCUUUAAAUCUAAAGAAGUCCCUGUUGAUUCGGUAUCUCUCAGUAAUGUAAGCAGGGGUCUAUCAAAUUAUCUUGAAAUGACCUUGCAAGUCUUUCCCCUUGAUCAAGAUCGGUUCAAUAGGACUGCAAUAUCUACUUUAGGCUUUAUGCUCACCAACCAGACUUUUAAACCGCCACCAGAUUAUGGACCAUUUUAUUUCACUGCUAAUGGCUAUACAACCUUUGCAGAGGAAUCUGCACCUAAACUGAAGAAGAUAUUGAGCAUGGCUGCUAUUAUUGGAAUCGCUGCAGGAGGGGCUGCUUUACUCAUAGCGUUGUGUGUUGUAGCAAUCAUUUGCUUCCGUAUGAAGAGGCCUCCCAAAACCGUGGAGCGAGACAAUCGUUUAGGUCUACCGUCAACCUCAUCUUGGAUGUCUGCUGGCAGCACCAGUAGCACAUUACCAUUGGCAGGAUCAAGGGUGUUUCCUCUUGAAGAGAUAAAAAAGAUGACCAAUAAUUUCUCAGAAUCCAAUGUGAUUGGAUCAGGGACGUACGGGAAGGUUUACAGGGGAACACUUACAAAUGGGCAGCUAGUUGCUGUAAAAAGAGCUAAACAAGGUUCACCGCAGGGUGACCUUGAGUUCAAAACUGAAAUAGAACUUCUAUCAAGAGUUCAUCAUAAGAACCUCGUUAAACUGUUUGGUUUCUGUUUGGAGAAAGGAGAACUCAUACUGGUCUAUGAGUAUGUACCAAAUGGUACCUUGAAAGAGAGUCUCUCAGGAAAAUCAGGAAUAAGAUUAGAUUGGAGGAGGAGAAUCAAGGUUGGCCUUGGUGCAGCAAGGGGUCUGGCAUACUUGCAUGAACUUGCCAGCCCACCAAUCAUACACCGGGAUGUCAAGUCGAACAACCUUCUCCUUGAUGAACACUUGAAUGCAAAAGUUUCAGAUUUUGGUCUAUCCAAGACACUGCUUGAUGUUGGAAAGGGUCAUAUCUCCACUGAAGUUAAAGGGACAAUGGGAUACUUGGAUCCUGAAUAUUACAUGACACAAAAAUUAAAUGAAAAAAGUGACGUUUACAGCUUUGGGGUGCUAAUGCUGGAACUCAUUACCGGAAAGUCACCAAUUGACAGAGGUAGAUACAUUGUGAGAGAAGUGAGGAAUGCCAUUGAUAGAGCAGAAGACCUAUAUGGUCUUCAUGAGUUUCUAGACCCAGGUAUCGGUCUAGGCACAUCAUUAAAAGGGUUUGAGAAGUACGUCAAUUUGGCUCUGUGUUGUGUCGAAGAAUCAGGAGUUGAUCGUCCUGUCAUGGGAAACGUAGUGAAACAGCUCGAGGACAUACUACAGAUGGCGGGUUUAAAUCCAUAUACUGAUUCAGCCUCCAGUUCUGGGGCAUAUGGUGAUGGAAAUUCGCGGCAUCUUUAUGGGGACGAGUCUCUCUACGGUUAUAGUGGACAACUCCCGCGUUGAUUUUUCCUAGUUCAGAAAUGGUUUCCUUCAUCGAUCCUUUUAUGAAUCUUAGAAAUAUACUAGUUGGUUUUUUUUUUUUUUUUUUUUUUUUUUUUUUGGAUUUUUUGUCAAUAUCUACCUUUUUAAGUUUGGAAUUUUGCCAAUUACCUUGUACUUUAAACUUUGUAAACAAUUACCUUUAACUUUAUAUUCUCUAUGUUUUUUUUUAAUGCAACACGUUCACUUUUUAUUAUAUUCACAUAUCAUGUUUGACUUUAUUUUUUGUCCUGUUUUCUACAAUUUUUUUAGCAGUAUGUCUGUAUCACUUUAAUAAUUACAUACUCCUAGACAAUUUUUGGAGCUGAAAGAGAUAAAAAAAAAAAUUUAGAGGGUCCAUAUGAUAAAAGAAAACGAGAUACAGAGUAUAAUUUAUUGGUAAAAAAGGAAACGUGAAAAUUUAGAACUUCCAUUUU